GUUGCUGGUUUUGCCCACCUUUCAGAAUCAGACAGAAAAUUUACUCAGAAAUCCUCUAAUAAAAUUUCAGAUCUCUGUUUUCUUUAUUUUCUUUAUAUUUCAGGGAAGUAGUUGCAACUUGACAUCUUCUCCUGUUCUAAUUUCCCUCCAAUUGGAGGCCAAGAAGAUGAAGCCCCUUGGGACCCCCCUGGGCCCACCACCGACACCCCUUAUCUUUAUUCAUUUAUUUAUUAUUUGUUAAUUUCCUUAGCCCCUAAUCAAUUUUUUUUUGUACAGCUAGUCAGUCAGUCGUCACUGAGGCAGUACACUAGACAUACCUCCAAAUAAAUACCACCGCCAAAAGGAAGCCAUGGCCAUACCAGCCAAGCUUCCACAGGUACUAAAAUCUAGUAUUGUUCCAGAAAUGCUAAUGAAGCAGCAGCAGCAGCUGGUAAUGCUGGGACUUGUGUUCGUAUUUGUGCUGUUUCCCAUUGCUGCUGCAGAUGACCCUUACAGAUUCUUCACCUGGAAUAUCACUUAUGGCACCAUCUACCCUCUUGGAGUCCCCCAACAGGGUAUUCUGAUAAAUGGGCAGUUUCCAGGCCCUGAUAUCUACUCGGUCACAAAUGACAACAUCAUUGUUAAUGUCUUCAACAGCUUGGAUGAACCUUUCCUUAUUCACUGGAAUGGGAUCCAAAACAGGAGAAAUUCAUAUGAAGACGGAGUGUAUGGGACGACAUGCCCGAUCCCACCAGGGAGGAAUUUCACAUACAUUCUUCAAAUGAAGGAUCAAAUCGGGAGCUUCUUCUACUUCCCUUCGUUGGCCUUCCAUAAGGCCGCUGGUGGGUUUGGUGGAAUCAGGAUCCUAAGCAGGCCUAUGAUUCCUGUCCCUUUCGACACCCCCGCUGAUGAUUUCACUGUCUUGGUGGGAGAUUGGUACAAAUCUAAUCACACUGACCUCAAGGCAAUUCUUGAUGGAGGCAACGAAUUACCAUUUCCUGAUGGAAUUCUCAUCAAUGGCCGUGGCCCUAACAUCACCUCUUACACAGUUCAACAAGGAAAUACCUACAGGUUCAGAAUAUGCAACGUGGGACUGCAAAGCUCCCUCAAUUUCCGAAUCCAAGACCACAAGAUGAAAGUAGUCGAGGUGGAGGGGACACACACAUUGCAGAUCAGCUACUCGUCCCUUGAUCUGCAUGUUGGGCAGUGCUCAUCCGUGCUCGUCACAGCUGACCAGCCGCCACACGACUACUACAUUGUGGCAUCCACCCGGUUCACCACUCCAGUCCUCUUAUCCACCGCCUUCCUCCGUUACGCCGGCUCAAGCCAACCCGCUUCUGGACCCCUGCCUUGGGGGCCUACCAUCGAGGUCGAUUGGUCGCUCAACCAGGCCCGGUCCAUCCGGACGAAUCUUACAGCUAGCGGGCCGAGACCAAAUCCGCAAGGCUCUUAUCAUUAUGGCAUGAUAAACACAACCCGGACAAUCCGUUUGUCGAGCAGUUCGGGACAGGUUGGGAACAAGCAGAGAUUCGCUAUCAACAGCGUCUCCUUUGUCCCACCGGACACUCCUAUGAAAGUUGCUGAUUUCUUCCAAAUAGGCGGCGUCUUCCGCGUUGGGAGUGUCUCUGAUUAUCCCACAGGCGGAGGGAUAUACCUCGACACGUCCGUGAUGGGCGCUGACUACAGAGCAUAUAUCGAAAUCGUGUUUGAGAACACUGAGGAUAUCGUUCAGAGCUAUCACCUCAGUGGUUACUCAUUCUUCGUCGUUGGAAUGGAUGGAGGUCAGUGGCAGUCGGACAGCAGAAACGGAUACAAUCUCCGCGAUGCCGUCUCCAGGUGCACCGUCCAGGUGUACCCGAAUUCAUGGACAGCGAUAUACUUGGCGCUCGACAACGCCGGAAUGUGGAACCUGAGAUCAGAGUUCUGGGCUCGGCAGUACCUCGGACAGCAACUCUAUCUGAGGGUUUACACGCCAUCCUCGUCGCUGAGGGACGAGUAUCCAAUCCCGAAGAACGCUCUUCUCUGCGGCCGGGCCAGCGGCCGACGGACGCGUCCCUUCUAGAAGGAUCUGCCAUGGCUGCUGCUGAUGAUGGCUGUGGAGGAGUUAGUUAUUUACAAUGGCCCUCUGUGGUGUUUGUGUACUGAAUUGGUACACAAUCAUAUGCAUAUCGGUAAGUAUUUUCAAGGCUGUGAUUUUUAGAACUCAUUGUUUGAGUGGAAUGACCUUAGCUCAAGGUCAUUUAUUUUUUUUGGUAUUUUUUCGAAUUUAUUUGUAAUUUUGAAUUGUAGUAAUUAAUUUGUUAUGUUUUUA